UGUGUAUGCACGCUCUAAAAUCAACAUGUGCUCACAUACUCGUGGUACAUUAUACAUGCUCCAUGUAUAUAUUCAUAUUCCCUUGGCAAACAUAUGUAUCCUCAUAUUUAUUUUUGGAUCAUACAUUAUUGUAAUUCUAAAGGCGAAAAUUGAAGAGAGAAAAGAGCUAAGGGUAAAAGGACUUUCUGUAGUAGUUUCAUACCAAUAUGGAGCCACACAUCAGUACAAGGAUGAGUUCAAACCAAAUAUGAAAGUUGAGGGACAAAAUUGAACCUCUGCGCAAAGUUAAGGGACCGAAAUACCUAUUCUGCUUAAAUAAAUCACAUCUGAGCCGAGACUUUUUCCGAGAGGAAGACUUGAAUUUUAUUUUCCUUCGCUUAUUUCUUAAAAAAAGAAAAGAAAAUGAAACAAGACUAGCCUGCGCCGGGCCCCACCGCACACCGUUUCCUAGUGCCUAGUAUCACCCGCACCCCCGGCCCCCCGCGUCCUCCCCUCCCCCAAAUAAAUCCCAGCCAUUACGGCGCCAUCGCCCAGCCCAACCACUCCCCCCUCCUUUCCUUCCCACACAGCGGAGCGGACGGAGGGACGAACGGGAAAAAAAGGCCAAGGAAAAUCCAAGCUGCACAGCGCGGUACAACGCUGGUAUACAAAGCCACGCCAAAAAUCCAAACCCAACCAACCAAACCAACCAACCGCGCCGCUCCUGUCUUCGGGCGUGCCUCGCGCAGGAGCACCUUGCGAUCUGCCUGCCCGCCCGCCCGCCCGCCUUCGUUGUCCCCGGCCGGCGUGAUGAGCGCGGGGAGAUGAGGUGCAAGCUCCACCCCUACGCCAACGCGGUGGGCGUCUGCGCGCCCUGCCUCCGCGACCGCCUCCUCGCGCUCGCCGCCGAGCGCGCGCAGGCCGCCGAGGCCAGCAGCGACGGCAACAGCUGCGGCAGCUCGCCCCCGCACCUGCCCGCGCGGCGGCACCACCACCAGCACGGCCACGCCACGGAAGGGGCCGCGGCCGCCAGGGGGUUGUUCCCGCGCUCCGUCUCGCCGUACGCCGCGCACCGCCGCUCCGACGCCGGCGCGUACGCGACCUCCUCGUCGUCGCAGCAGCAGCAGCCCAACCUGCUCUUCUUCCGCACGCCGCAGGUCGGCCCCGCCGCCGCGGCCGCCGCCUUCCGCGCCGACGAGCCCGCGGAGGAGAAGAAGACCGCGCUCAGGCGGUCCUUCCUGUCGGCGAUCUUCGGCGGCGGCAGGCGGCACGGCCGGGAGGAGGCGGGCAGGAAGGAGAAGGAGCCUCCCCGGCGGUCCACCUCGUGGCUCUCCGCGAUCAUCCGCCGCAAGCGGAGGCCGGUGGACCUGUCCGCGGCGGCGUCCUUCCCGGCGCCGCCGGCGCAUCUCGACGAGGAGCCCGAGUCCCCCGGGGGCAGCAGCAGCAGCUGGUGGUUCCCCUCGCCGUCGCCGGCCAGGCAACACCACCGGCGCGGCCGGCACGGCGUCGGCGGCGGCGCGGGCGCCAGCGGGGACGGGAUCUCGGGGUUCGCGGUGUGCCUGAGCCCGCUGGUCCGGCCCAGCUCCGCGGGGGGCCGGCGCCGGUGCCAGCCCCCCGACCCGUCCUCCCUGGGGGACAGCCACCGGCGCCACGCGUCCGCCGGGGGCGCCGCGUCCUUCGGGCGCAACACCUCCCGUAAGCUCGCCGAUAUGGGCAGGUUCCGAUGACGCGCGCGGCCUCGCCCGCCUCGCCUCGCUGGCCGGUCAAAUCUCUUUUCCUCUUCUUUGUGCUUUCUCCGAUCUUCUUUUCUUCUUGGCUGCAAAUCAAAAUUGGCCGACCUUUUGUUAACCUCCAAGAUGAUAUUAUGAUGAUGUAUGUUAGUAGGCACUAGCUGCUAGGUGCAAUGAGAGCGAAAGCAAAUUUGAAAAGAAGAAGUUCAAUGGUAAUUUGGGUGGAUUUGUUUUGGUUCGUA